UUAUACGUAAAAAUGUUUAAGAAACAAAAAAUCCGUAAAUCUUACAAAAUCCAAAGCACUAGCAUUUUUUAUCUGUCCAUGUUCAGCAUAUUCUCGAUUCGCAUAUCCUCAUUUUUAGAGAACUGGUCCUGAACAUGCGCCAGCGCAAUUGCGCUUCAUCAGAAAUCUAGUUUGUUUUCAUUAAAAUUACGCGUUGUUUUGAGUUUGUUUUAUUUUAAUUAAUUUCAGAAGGAUAUCAAGAUGUUUGGAUCACAACUAGGAAACUUCCCAUUUUCAGUAAACCCUUUCCUCCCUGAGGAUACCAUGAACAAUUCAUCUGAAGGAACUGCUAAUACAAGUAAUGGAGCUGGAGAUAGUAAUCAGUACCAAUUCGACAAAACAAAAUUGAUCGUUAAUUACAUACCACAAUUUGCAACAGAAAAUGAUCUUGCUCAAAUAUUUGGUCCACUCGGACAACUAGAAAACAUUAAAAUAAUGAAAGACUUCAAAACUGGAUAUAGCUUUGGUUUUGGAUUUGUGAAAUAUUCCAGCCCUGAAGAAGCUGCCAAAGCAAUUGCCGUGUUGAAUGGAUUUAACUUCAGGAAUAAACGUUUGAAAGUUUCAUAUUCGAGACCCCCAGGAACCGACAUGAAAGAUUCAAAUUUGUACAUAACAAAUUUGCCAAAAGAUGUUACCGAACAAGAUGUAGACAUUUUAUUCGGAGAAUAUGGAGAAAUUGUGCAGAGAACAGUCUUGAAAGAUAAAAUUACUGGUAUGCCGAGAGGUGUGGCAUUUGUAAGAUACUCUAAGGGAGAAGAAGCUCAGGCAGCAAUAGCCAAUCUUGAUGGAAAAUUGUUGGAGAAUGCAAUGUUACCAUUGAGUGUGAGAGUAGCAGAAGACCACGGAAGACAAAAAGCCCAAUACUUAGAAGCGUGGAAUCCCAUGGCCUAUAACAGGGGAAUACCCCAAGUUAGAGGAGUUUUGCCUUAUAGAGAUAUUAAUGUACCGAGAGGAAGUUUUCAAAAUCGUUAUGGCAGAUUUCCUAUGAAUAACAUGAGAAAUAUGGGAGCUGGAGAUACUUUUCUUCCAAGCUCUUUAUUCUAUUGAGGAAUUUGCGAAUUUUUAUAAAAAUUAUUUUUGUUUCAAUUUUUAAAUGCAUUUCGUCGACAGUCAGCUUUUUUUCCUGCAAGUUAAUGUGUUUUGUUACUUUUGUUUUGGGAUGUUUUUGUUGUUCAGUUAAUAAUUUGUUCGAAAGUUGUUCUAUGUUUUGUUUUUGCUGAUUAUCGGCGAAUUGUGAAAUUUUCCUCGUUUUAAUUGAUGACCCAGGAGACUGUUUUUUGUUAAUUUUAUGAAAUUAUUUAAUGAUUAAUAUACAAGUUUCUACUGUGUGUAUUUAUAACUAAGACUAAUACUUUUCACAUAAAUUAUCAUGUCAAAUGAUUUUACUCCAAUUUGUUCAUGUGAAAAGUCAAGCAUUCUAUGAAAAUGUAAUUGUGUUAUUUAAAGGAAUAUAUUUACUUUAUAGAUAGAAAAAAUUUGACUGAUCAAAUUCACUAUGAAUCUUAAAAGUACCUGGUAACAUAUUAGUUUAUCAAUCAAUUUUUUCUAUCAUUAACUGUAAGAAAGUGUUACUAAUUCUUGUAUAAUUUUAUUUUUUGUGUAUGUAAUAUGUGAAAAUGUAAAAUACAUUAUUUUUGUUGUAA